GCCAGGGGCGGAAGCGCGGCUGACGGUCCCGCUGCCCUCCUCCGGCUUUUUAUCCUCGUGGUCACACCUCUCCAACUCAGCUGGGUCCCUUGUUUCUUUUUCUUCCUCGGUUCCCAGUCCCAUGGCGCUGCAGAGCUCGGGGAUGGCCUUCCGCAAGAUCCUGACUCACUUCCCCGAGGAGGUGAGCCUGGCCUUCGCCUACGGCUCCGAGGUGUUCCGCCAGGCAGGGGCCAGUGCAUCCCAGAAGAAUCCCAUGCUAGACUUUGUAUUCUCUGUAGAUGACCCUGUGGCAUGGCACUCCAAGAACCUGGAGAAGAAUUGGAAUCACUACUCUUUCUUGAAAAGGUUGGGGCCCAGAAUUAUCACUUCUAUCCAGAACAACUAUGGCGCUGGAGUUUACUACAACCCGCUGAUCAUGUGUGAUGGGAGGCUUAUCAAAUAUGGUGUAAUUAGCACUAAAACUUUGAUUGAAGAUCUCCUCAACUGGAAUAACCUGUACAUUGCUGGACGCCUCCAAAAGCCAGUGAAAAUUGUGACAAUAAAUGAGAAUGUGACUCUUCGAUCUGCCCUUGAUAAAAAUCUGCAGAGUGCUGUGAUCGCCGCUUUCCUCAUGCUCCCUGAGAGCUUUUCGGAAGAAGACCUCUUCUUAGAGAUUGCUGGCCUCUCCUAUUCAGGUGACUUUCGGAUGGUGAUUGGAGAGGAAAAGACCAAAGUGAUGAACAUUGUGAAGCCCAAUAUAGCCCAUUUCCGUGAACUCUAUGAGAGCAUACUUCACGAGAGCCCCCAAGUGGUGUAUAAAGCCCAGCAAGGCAGACUGGAGUUAGAUAAAAGCCCAGAAGGACAAUUCACUCAGCUAAUGACAUUGCCAAAAACCUUACAGCAACAAAUAAAUUACAUCGUGGACCCUCCUGGGAAAAACAGAGAUGUGGAAGAAACUUUACUCCAAACUGCUCACGACCCUGACUGUGGCGCUGUGGUCCGGCUAGGGCUCUCUGCAAUUGUGAGACCUUCUAGCAUCAGUCAGAGCACUAAAGGCAUUUUUACUGCUGGCAUGAAGAAAUCGGUGAUUUACAGCUCACGGAAACUCCACAAAAUGUGGAAAGGAUGGCUGUCGAAAACAUUCUGAUUUUGCUUGCUUUUAUGUUCUGUAUAGAUUAUAAAUAAAGUGUUUAAUCUUUUUUUGAUACAGCAA